GAACAAAGACACACAGAGAAACUGUGAGUAAAGUGAACAAAAAAUGGAAGUGAGCAUGUCUCUGAACGCGCUGGUUCGGCUUCCCUUAUCGAAUUCUAGGACACACGAAGAUGUGUUAAUGAAGCAUUCACUGUUGCUCUCUUCUAGGACUAUGACCCAGAAGCCUCAGCAGAGGCAGAGGCACAUAUUGGUGGUUGAAGCAAAAGGCAAGAGAGGAAUGCAAGCUCGUCAGUUUCAGAAAACUCCACCACCUUCCUUGCCUAAGAUUGAAGAUGAUGGCAACCCCAGAUUUGUCAUCUUCAUCCGUAUAGCUAAUGUUUAUCUUUGGUAUCCGCUUAGUCUUAUAACAGGAGGAACCACUGCCAAAAUCAUGGUUGCAGCUAAGGAUAACUUUCUAGGGAAAUACAUCUACAAAGAUACACUAGAUAGAAAUCUCGCAGCAGUUAUUUACCGUGAUGAGAAGGAGAUACAGAAGACAGCAUUUAAGCAGUAUCGUGUAUUGCGAACAGCUACUGAGUUCAGAUAUGGCUACAAACUAGUGGAAAAUGGCAAUUUGAGAGCUGCUCUUUCUACCACAGAUGUUAUUGAGCUGCCAACAGAAGAUCAGCUCAAAACAGUUCUUGAUAAAGUGAAAGACUUUUUUGGGGACGCAAAAGAAUCCUUUGGGAAGCUGACAGCUCUGAAUUCAACCACAACAGAGAAGUCAGAGGAAAAGCCAAAAGAGGCGGCCAAGUGAGUUUAAUUAAAAGGUAAAAGGCUGAAGGAGAAUGCACCACUUGCUUUCAUUACCAGGCUUAAAGGCUGAAGGUGAAGACGCCAUUUGCAUGACAUAUCACAUUGGUUAUUGGUUCUGUGAGUUCCACAAUCCUGCAGUUUUCGCAGACUUGUGCACUACAAGGUGGUGUAACAAAAAUUUAAAGCCCGGUAUUGUUUAUAGUAUUGUUUAAAUGCAAAUUAGGCUGUUUUGAAUCAUAUAUGACAUACCUCAUAAUGUUUUCAACUUUUUGGAGUUCGGUUGAACUACCUUGUGGGAAACUGGCAGCUUGGUGAAAAUGCUGCUUUCCA